AUGACAACAAACAAAGGUUCCUGUUUGGAAUAUGGACACUCCUGUUGGGGUGCACAUGGUAAGCGCUCUGGCAGUAAAUCAUUCAACACAGCGGUAAAUAUGGCUAACGGCGAAUUUAACGGUGCGAAAACAAAUGGUGAAGUUUUAGGCAAGGCGAUUUAUGACAAUCUCGAAGAACUACCACCUUCAAUUGAAAACUCACCAUUGUCUAGUGAUGAAUUAGUACCCGAAAACUUAAACGAUAAAGUCAAAAUAAAAAAUAUAUUACAGCAAAAUUCAAACUUCCGUCAACAAAGUCGAAAUUUUAAUAAGAAAACGAAACAAUUUAAAAACGAUGCAGCGUCCGAACACGAUGAGCAAAACCAAAACCCUGAGAGAUGGCAUAGGAUGCCCUUCUAUAACUUCAAAUCAUUCGGAAAAUUACCUAUAAAUGCUGAGGGCAAUAAUUUUCUGCAACAGUUAGAAGCCGCGCAGCGUGUCAACACACAAAUCGGUGCAGAGGACAACGCAUAUUAUGAUUUCAACUAAAUUAUUGAUUUCAAAUGCAAACUCACCAUACUUCAACUCAAGCGUGUUGAGUUUGUUUAUUAUUUUCUGUAAUAAAUAUGC